CUUAAAUUAGCCAAUUCCUAUUCCAACUUCAUAGCUGGUGAUUGGUCCUUUGAAGUUACAUAGUCAUCUUUCCCUUUAACAGGCCCUCAUCCUGUUUAUUACCAGCUGCAGUGCAUCACUUUGAUUGCAGCUCUAGCGAGCUAUAGCUUGCAUGCAUGGCGCAGCUACCUCCCAGAGCGCCUCAUCCCAUGCCCAAUUGGCCGUCUUUCCCUCUCCCCUCCGCAGCCGCCCAGCAGCCGUCGUGGGUGGAUGAAUUCCUCGACUUCUCGACGGCGCGGCGGAACUCGCACCGGCGAUCGGUUAGCGAAUCGAUUGCCUUCCUCCCCUUGCUCGAGGACUGCCCGGCUUCUUCACCGCCGACGACAGCCACGCCUGCGACCAACGCCGGUUUUGAGGAGCAGUUCAUGUCCAUGUUUGACGACGAAAUAGAAAUGAAGGCGGCGCCGGCAUCGUCCGAAGCUUCAACGCCGUCCGAUCAGAACAGCAUUGACGACGAGAAGCCAACGCUGCGGCAGCCACAAGGCCAUCAGCCGCCGGCAAAGGGAGAGACUAGAGAGGUGGAGAGCUCAUGCAACCCGGAACCACAACCCGACACCAGGGCCUCCCCCUCCGCAGCCGCCGGCGACACAAUCGUUGACCCCAAGAGGAUUAAGAGAAUCUUGGCCAAUCGGCAAUCAGCUCAGAGAUCAAGAGUGAGGAAGCUGCAAUACAUCUCAGAGCUUGAACGCAGUGUAACAACGUUGCAGACUGAAGUAUCGGCAUUGUCGCCGAGAGUUGCGUUCUUGGAUCAUCAAAGGCUGGUUCUUAACGUCGACAACAGCGCGCUCAAGCAACGGAUUGCAGCUCUUGUUCAGGAUAAAAUCUUCAAAGAUGCUCACCAAGUAGCACUAAAGAAAGAGAUAGAGAGGCUCCGACAAGUAUACCGUGAGCAGAACCUCAAGAAGAUGACGACCGCCCCCGCGCCACCGCCACCGCCACCGCCACCGGCCUCUGACAACCUCGGUUGUACGGAAAAGGAUCGGCCCCUCAAUCGUGAUGGGUAGAGCCUAUAUGUAUAUAUAUCUAGAGAGAGAGAGACAGAGAGAGAAUGAAUGAAUGGCUGUGGUGGAUUCUGCAAAAACAUUGGGGGGUUCACGUGAUGUGUCUCCCCAGUCCGAAAGUUGGGGUGGGGACCCAAACCCAAUUGAGCGUUUGACAAGGAGCUUGAAAGAUUGGAUUUUGCCUGGGCACCCAUUAACGUGGCCUUUCCAGUUUUAUAACUAAUUCCCAAGACACAGUUGUAAAAGAGAUGGGUCAAUGCUUGGGUCCGACCCGUUUUAAGUGUUCCUAUUAAUUAAUGUAAUUGACUAAUUGUGAAUUUAUUUAUUUUUUGGGUUCUUUGAAUUUCAAUUUAAUCUGUAGUUUGGGAAGUGUUUUAG